AUGGUGCAUGGAUAUAGUGGGGAAAUUCCUAAUGGCACCGGGAAAGGUCUUCCUUCUAAUAGUCACCGACUAUUUCUCCAAAUGGGUAGAAGCCGAAGACUAAGCAACGUACCGGACAAUCAGAUCCGUAAAUUCUUGUGGACAAACGUUAUCACCCGCUUCGGAAUCCUGCAAGAGAUCAUCACAGAAAAUGCACCUCAGUUCACCAGCUACAAGUUCAAAAAUUUCUACAAGAACUGGGGCAUAAAGCUUACCUUCGCCACAUCAAGACAUCCUCAAUCCAACGGACAGGUGGAAUCCACCAACAAAAUAGUUGUAAACAUGGUAGAGAAGCGCCUGGAGGAUGCUCACGGAAGAUGGGCAGAAGAGCUACACGGAAUACUAUGGGCCUACUGGACCACUCCUAAAACAGCUACGUUGGAAACUCCCUUUUCACUAGUCUACGACACAGAGGCGAUUGUACCCACGAAGGUGCACGUAAAGACGACAGUGUCAAGAUCUCUCUCUCAAGAAGAGAACGACAAACUGAUGGUCCUGAGCCUCGACCUACUCGAGGAAAAGAGAAAGGCAGCACGACUGCGAAGUUUUGAACGUUCGAUCCGCAAAGGAAGACGCUCCUCAUCGAUCGACAAUAACCCUUGUUCGUCGCUCAAUUUUCAUCAACCACCGUCGAUCCAAACACCAGUUUCGUCGACCGACACUCGCUCACCACUGCCGACCGAAGCUACUCUUCCGUCGACCGAUAUUUUCCAUCCGACGUCGAUCGAUACUUCAGUCUGA